AUGCACACAACCUCCAAACAUAUUACUGUUCUAUUCCACAAAACGCUGCCGGUGGAGGGUGUCUCGAUAGCCUCUUAUCAGUGUCAUCAACGAGCAUGUUUGAUGAAAGCGUGGAAAGAGGAAGAUGGGAAGCAGCUGGAGAGAAAUGAAGCGCACAGGCAAGAAUUUGAAUACAAGGAGGAGCUGAGGCAGUGGGAGGAAGAGCAAGCAAAGGCAAAGUUGGAGAAACGACGCUUGAGAUAUGUCAAACCGAAGCUCAGGAGACUUGAGGUCUCACUCCCAAAACCAACACUCACUCACAUUGAUGAGGAAGAGCCAGAGGAGAAUGAGUCAGAUGAAGAUAGCAAGGAAGAACAUUGA